GUUAAUAGUGGCGACAGGUAGCUACAUGGGUAGUGGGUUGUUUCAGUGGGAGAUUCAGAUUGCAUUGCUUCGUUUUAAGAGUUAUGGGGCAGAAAGAAUUACGCUUUGAAGGAUGCAACUUCUUCAGACAACGGCUUGCUUAUUCAUUGCUAAGUGGUCAUUCAGUGACCAUUUCCGAGAUACGUUCUCUUGAUGAUGAGCCAGGAAUAAGAGAUUUCGAGUCGAAACUUUUGUUAUUAUUGGAAAAGAUAACUAAUGGUACACGAAUCAAAAUCAAUCAAACAGGUACCGAAGUUGUAUUUUUACCUGGUAUGAUCACGGGCGGCAAACUCACUUUUGAUUGUGGUAGUGACCGAUGUAUAAGUUACUACUUGGAACCUUUGUUGAUGCUUGCUCCUUUUUGUAAGUAUCCACUUAGCGCAAAGUUGCUAGGAAUAACCAACGCUCCAUAUGAGUUAAGCGUUGAUGCCAUUCGUGCAACAUGGCUUCCAGUUUUUAAUAAAUUUGUGUUCGCAUCUGAUUCGCCAGAAAUUAAGAUUGUCGCCCGAGGUUACAAGCCGGAUGGUGGUGGAUGUGUAUUGUUGACUGCACCAACAAUAAGAACCUUUCGUCCUGUACAGUGCAAAACGAUGGGUAAAAUAUGUAAAAUACGAGGAGUCGCGUCUAUUUCCAAAGUCUCUCCAUCUAUAGCACAUCGUAUGAUUGACGCAGCAAAAGAAACUCUUCGUGAUUACAUUGCUGACAUUUAUAUCACUGUUGAUCAAAGAAAAGGAACAUCUGGUGGAAGUUCACCUGGCUUUGGUCUUUUUUUAACUGGCGAGACUACAGAAGGAAUCGUUUAUCAUGGUGAAGCCGUGUCAAAACCGAAAGGUGAGCAAGGCAACCCGGUUGUGCCAGAAGACAUUGGACACAUGGCUGCAUGCCAGUUGUUGGAUCAGAUCUUUGCAGGAGGAUGUGUUGAUAUCACAGCUCAAGCCCUAGCCGUAACUUUCAUGACGCUUUGCGAAAAGGAUGUCAGUACAUAUCUGUUUGGGCCUCUCUCUGCCUACUGUACGUACACAUUGCGGAACUUGAAGAAGUAUUUUGAAAUAAUGUUUAAAAUAGACGUUUGGAACGAGCCGGGCGCAGAUAAAGAACAGAGAUUAGGCUCCAAUGAGAAGGUACUGAUGACUUGCAUGGGUAUUGGAUUUAGUAAUUUGAAUAAAAUUGUAUUAUGAUUUGAACCCAACAUUACAUUUAAUUUUGAUAAACUUACUUGGUUUUCAGUUUUCUCUGAUAUGUAGAAUAUGAAUUAUUUCAGUGGUG